CUUAAGCAAAAAACAAAAAAAAAAGGGCGUCUCGCUUAUUUCUUCUCUCAUAUUUUUCAAAAGAAAAAAAAAAUAACGCUUGAUUUCGUCUCUAAUCGAAUGCGAAGAUAAUAAUCAUUCGUUAUCUUUCCUAGAAAAAAUCAGAUUUUUUAUUUUGAAGAUACUGAAGUCAGUUUUGUUGUAGCAGUCUUAAUCGAAUCCGAAGACUCUAUUUUCAUUUCUUCUUCUUCUCUCCGCGACCUGAUCUGAAGCUUUGUCAGAAAAGUGUCAGAGUAUCUUCGACGACGAUGUUGGUCAAUGGAUUAAUGUUUUAGUUUGGAUUAAUGUUUAAAGCUUAGCUCAAUCAGUUAGAUUACUUUGUGAAUUUUCGUCGAAUCAAUUUGGGUCAACCACCGAUUCAGCAACUUGGGCGUUGAUUUAGUAAUUUGAAUUUUAGGGGUUCUCUUACUUGGUCAGAAGGUUUGAUUUUUGGAAACUCGAUUCUUUAUUGGAUCAAAAGCUUUUAAGCGAGGUAGGGAAACACGAUUGAAGAUCUGGGUCAACUUGGGUUUCCUCGGGAUUGGUGCUUUAAGAGAUCUUUAUAAGCUUUUGGGAGUUUGAUUAGGGCGAAAUAGAUUGAAGGGUUACUUUUGAUUGGAAUCGUUAGGAGAAGACCAUGGAUCGUGUGGUUGGUGGUAAGUACAAGCUGGGACGCAAACUUGGAAGUGGGUCAUUUGGUGAACUUUUUCUAGGUGUUAAUGUGCAAACUGGAGAAGAAGUUGCCGUGAAACUUGAACCUGCCCGAGCUAGGCAUCCUCAACUUCAUUAUGAGUCAAAGCUAUAUAUGCUUCUUCAAGGAGGAACUGGUAUUCCGCACCUAAAAUGGUACGGGGUGGAGGGUGAAUACAACUGCAUGGUCAUUGACCUUCUGGGACCUAGUAUGGAAGAUUUAUUCAAUUAUUGUAGUCGGAGGUUCAAUCUUAAGACAGUUCUAAUGCUUGCAGAUCAGAUGAUAAAUCGAGUCGAAUAUAUGCAUGUCCGGGGAUUUCUUCAUCGUGAUAUUAAGCCAGAUAACUUUUUGAUGGGUCUUGGACGCAAAGCAAACCAGGUGUACAUCAUUGACUACGGACUUGCGAAAAAGUACAGAGAUCUUCAAACUCAUAAGCACAUUCCUUAUAGGGAAAACAAGAAUCUUACUGGAACAGCUCGAUAUGCAAGUGUUAACACUCAUCUUGGAAUUGAGCAAAGUAGGAGGGACGAUCUGGAAUCUCUUGGCUAUGUGCUAAUGUAUUUUCUUCGAGGAAGUCUGCCUUGGCAAGGCCUUCGCGCUGGUACCAAAAAGCAGAAGUAUGACAAGAUCAGCGAAAAGAAAAGGCUUACACCCGUAGAGGUUCUCUGCAAAUCCUUUCCACCUGAGUUCACGUCGUACUUUCUCUAUGUACGAUCGUUGCGGUUUGAAGACAAACCAGACUAUCCAUACCUAAAGAAGCUUUUCAGGGAUCUCUUCAUCCGAGAAGGUUGUCAGUUUGACUAUGUAUUUGAUUGGACUAUCUUGAAGUAUCCACAGUUCGGUUCCAGCUCCAGUUCCAAACCAAGAUCAAGCCUUAGACCAGCUCUGAAUCCCCCAGUGCCAUCUGCCGAGAGACCAGAAAAACCUUCAGAUGGACAAGACAGCCGUGAAAGAUUCUCGGGAGCUUUAGAGGCAUAUGCUAGAAGAAACGGCUCAGGAAGUGGCGCGGUUCAAGCUGAUCGGUCUAGACCAAGAACCUCAGAGAAUGUAUUAUUAUCAUCAAAAGAUACGAUACCAGUGAGUCAUCUAAAAGCAACAAAAUCUUCUUAAAAAUCCUCUUUGACAAAAAAAUGUAUUUGAUUGAAACCAGCAAAACUACGAGAGAGUGGAAAGACCAAUCUCUUCAACAAGACAUGCAAGUUCGUCAAGGAAAGCCAUUGUAUCGAGCGUUAGAGCAACUUCUUCAGCUGACUUCACAGAGAGCCGCUCCAGCAGAGUUGUCCCAAACAAUGGCCGUUCCUCAACCACUCAAAGGACUCAGCUUGUUCCUGACCCGACCGCUAGACCAUCGUCGUCUUCUUUCGCCCGAGCUGGUCCAUCAAGGACUGCUCGAGACAUUACGCUCCAGAACUUUGAGCUACUCACCAUAGGGAAUGGGAAGAGGAAGUGAGGCUUUACGAUGAAAACUGACAUUUUUUAUGGUUACUUUGUUUUUAUUUCGCCACCUCAUGGACUUCCUAAUUUUUAGGAACAAAACUGUUUUAUUCAAACAAUAGUAAUUUGAUUAAAAGUUGUAUGUGAUAAAUAUAUGUUUUUAAGUUCUAACUCUCUAAGCUCUGCC